AUUAGUUUCAGGUUGUGAUUACCGCAUUUCACGAUGUUGUACGUCCUGGCUUUUCUCGUCGCCUCUCGAUUCUUUUCUGAAUUUGCUAGAGCAACAGAUGUCAUCGAGUCCUGUUCGAUACCGACUACGGAAUGCAGAGCCAACUUAACUUGCAACACGACGCUUACUCGGGUGGUCCAAGAUUGCGCACUCAUUUACAACAAUACUUGUUCUGUGAGCUGCGUCGGCAGCUAUUACAACAAUCUACUGGAAGAUUCGAUUGGACGACGACUUCGUGACUGUGACUGUGGAAAUGACGCAUUUUGCAGCUCUUUGCGAGAAAGUUGUAGCAAAUGCGCGGAUGUGAAAAGUGGUUGUGACUCAGACGAUUCGUGCAAGCUGCUCCAGCGAAAUUUGGACGGCAACUGCACGAACGGUAUCCUUAGAACCCCGCCCAAUUGUACUCAAGCUUGUCGAAACAGCUUGACAGAAUUGCUUGCUAACCCGAUUGGCAAAGGCAGAGUGAUGUGUAAUUGCGGUAUUGACGAUUUAGCUUGCAAGCAAUUCGAGUCUGUCUUUCGCUCUGUCUGUUUGGAUGCUACUGUCGUGCCUCCCGUGGUGACGGGCGUUCUUCACACAGAUGUACCUCCCACUGUCACGCCUACUGUUUCUGCUGACAAUUGCCUUCGAGUGGUUGAUCGAUGCUCUGGUUCUUCUUCUUGCAACGUGGAGUAUUCUUACGUUAAAGUUAACUGCACAACCUCUCAAUCAAUGUGUACGGCAGACUGUAAGACGUCACUUAUCAACGUUCUUAGUGAUCAGAUUGGAGCUCAAUUGCCGUUGUGCACUUGCAAACCUGAUGAUUCAAGUUGUAUGCGUAUGGCUGUACCGGCUACCUUCCAGAAGUUGGGACGCCUUUGCAACGUCACCGUGGCAACUCCACUCAUUCCAACACUCACUCCAACACGUUCGGGUGCUCUGAAGCUUAUCCAGAUUGAAAUGUUUCUUUUACCAAGUCUUCUGUUGAUGUAUUUACUUUGAUGGCAAAAAAUGACAUUAUAAAGUGCUGUUGUAUCUGACUCCAGUAUGAGCGCACGGUAGUUACUGUUUUUAGCUUCUGAUUUGUGGUCAUUUACUGCCCAAUAGCUGUAUGUACUACUUAGCUCAGUCUGUGUUCUUCAACCUUUGUCUAACAUGCUUGAUUUUGUUAUCUAGGUGCCUAAAUUUAGUAGUAGCAAAAGAAACGAGAGAACCUUC